AUGAGUCUAAGUAUACAGUGCAUUGUGUUUUAUCUUGUUCUAAGUGUGGUAUGUUGCGUGUCCAUCGAGAAGUUGGAUGGGAAAGUUGCAUCCUUGGAGGCAAAGCUGGAGACUUUGAGUGCAACUGUACUUAGAUUGAGCUCUCAAAACGAUCACUUGAAGAUGAAAGUUCAGACAAUGGAGAAUAUCAUAAUGAACUGUAAAGGUUGUAAUGGUGGUGAAGAAGAUAAUACGAGGAGGGAACAUGAAGAAGUUGUGGGAGAGUCUUGGAAUUUGAGGGAUGAUGGACCGACUGCUAAUGGAAAAAGAGAGCUCGGGAGUGAUGGAAAGAUGGUUCCUGAAUCACGUGAUGACUAUCCAGAAAAGCUUGUGAGGAAAAGGAUCGUGCCACCAACAUCUUUACCCACGGAACUAAUCGCUUUUCAUGCUUACAUAUCAAAAGAUAGCUCGGGGUCAUUACCUGCACAUCAUAUUCUGAAGUUCGAUGUUGUUCCUCUGAACAAAGGCAAUGGAUACAACGCUUAUGAUGGCAUAUUUGUUGUUCCAACCUCCGGAACCUAUGUGUUUACUUGGGCAAUCAUGUCUGACACUCACGGAUGGUUAAACAGCCGGCUGAUGAAAAACGCUCAUACCAUUGGUUCAAGAUAUGCAGAUUCGGCAAGCUCUAGCGUAUGGGAUUUUUCAACUGGAACAGUUGUUGCUGAUGCAAAUAAAGGCGAUCAUGUAUAUGUACAGCUGGGAGCCGAUUCUGGAGGAAAAGUUAAAAGUCUUAGCUCGAGCAGGACUUCAUUCUCGGGAUGGAGUUUACAUUGUUAUAAUAAAUGA